AUGAACCGCACGUCGUCGAUUGACGAGACAGCGGCAGCAGACGCUCGGACCCUGCGCGUCGUCGCGCUGGAUCUGCAGCGCCAAGUGGACCAGACGGAGCGUAACCUGUUGCCGGUCUCGUCUCCCCAGCGCGUCGUGUAUUUCCGAGAUUUAGACUUGCCAGAUAUCCCGCAAGUGCGUCGACUGCAUGAGGAAUGGUUCCCUAUUCGCUAUAACCAGGCGUUCUACGACGGCGCGGCUCGAGGGCUAUGGCUGGAAACGGGUGGCCAAUUGUUUGCGCGUCUUGCAGUGGAGAUGCACGAGUUUGUGCCAGUUCCUCCUUUAGCCGCCGCCGCUGCAGCUGCUCAACAAGAAGGGACCAUUCUCGGGGCUGUUACAGCCAGUACGUUGCCAUUGAGUAAAGUGGAAGACCCGGACUUGAUCGAGCCGGACAAUGGGGGGCAUACUCAGGUCAUGUACAUCUUGACGUUGGGGACAAGAGCGUCGGUGAGAAGGAGGGGCAUUGCAUCGAGAUUGCUGGAAGAAUGUAUUGCGCAAGCCUGUCGUCAACCAGAAUGUGGAGCAGUGUAUCUCCAUGUGAAAGCAGACAACCUGAGUGCGCGACGUUUCUAUGAGAAGCAUGGGUUCCGGAACUUGCGGUACUUGCAAGAUUAUUACAUGAUUGACGGGGUAAGGCACGACGCGUUCUUGUACAUUUUCUACAUCAAUGGAGCUGCCCCGCAGCGCGGCUGGCUCGAUCGGAUUACAAGUCCAUUGCUCGCGUUGUUUUCGAUUGCAGCAUCAAGCUGGAAAAAGCUUGUCGAGAAUUUCACGAUGGAGGAGUUUCGGGACACGACAACGGAGAAACUCGUACGGGCACCGCGUCUAGCUCGUGUCGAGUCAUCGGAUUUCGUCCCGACAUGA